AUGUUUCCUCUUUCUUCCCACGGCGAUAUGCGUCUCCAUCUACAGACGCUACUUGACAACAAGGAGAAGCAGCUGCAACAGGCAGGCACGCUCGGGCAGCAGUUGCUUGCGCAGCGGAUGGAGCUGGAGGAGCGGGUUAGGCAGCUGCAGGAGCUGGAGCUUGACGCGAGCAGCGGUGAGGAUGAGGCGGACGUCAGCGUGCGCGACAAGUAUCGUGAGUUGGCGGACACGAUCAAGGAUUGGGAUACGGAGAACGAGCAACUGUCGGUCGCAUUUGGACUCAAGCCUGUAAAUGGCUUGCAACCGCAUGCCGAUUUGUCGCGCGAGGUCGAGCGCCCGGACCGUGCUGUCGAUAGAUCCAAGGCCGCUGCGGGUCCAUCGGCUGCCCAAUCGUCCCGACGUGCCAAGAAUGCAGCGCACCGCGCUGACGAUGUCGAAUUUGCAUUUGAGAUUGGAAGUGGUCUGUUGACGGAGGUGCGGCGCCUUCAGAGCCUGCUCGCUGAGCGCGACAAGGCCAUCCAGGACAUGAAAGAGGAAAAGGAUGACCUGGAGAAGACGGUUGAGAGUCUACGAACCGCCCUCAGAGAUCAGGAGCAGUCCGCCGACAAGUUCAAGGAAGAAAACUGGAACUUAGAAGUCACAUUGCAGGAGCUUCGCACGCAAUUCACAGACUCGCAGGCGUCGGUGCAACGACUGGAAGGUGAGCACAAACGCCUUACCAAGAUGCUCACAAGCGCCCGCGAGGCCGUGGAUUCGCACAAGAACGAAACGGAACGACACCAGAAUGCGUUCGAGGAGCUCAAAGCCAAGCACGAGACCGAUGUCGCGCAGGCGCGGAAGCAUGCCGCGAGUCUGCAGCGUGACAAAUCUGACUUGCAGCAGUCGCUUGACACGCUCAAAGCAGACAUCGCGAAAGGCAAUCGAAAAUUCCCUCGGUUUGGCUCGCCGCUUACACCCAACGGUGGCGCUCCCUCCGAAUUCCUCACUCCCAGCAAUGCGGAUGAGGAAGACGUGUUUGGUACUACCGGACGGGCGUCUACGAACAACAGGAAAAGUGUGGACGCUACCGCGUUCUUCUCGGCAGAAAACUUUGAUGACUAUGCCGAUUCCCCCGAUCCAUCACCAUCCAAGCCAUUCCUCUCGCCGAAUCAUCCUAGUAAUGAGAUCGAGGCGCUGCAGCAGCGCUUGGCUCAUGCCCAGCGGCAGAUCAACACCCUCAAGGGCACGCUACAGCGAGAGAAGGAGCUUCGGAUGGAGUAUCGCCGCAAGUUGGACGCGUCUCCCGCGGUCGCGACAGAAGAGGAGACAGGGGAUUUCGUGGAUGAGGAUGAUGAAGUGCCGAAGCCGAAGUUGCGCCUUACUCCGUAUCGCUCUGGGAGAGGUCGCGGCAGAGGCAGAAGCAAGGGGCUUACACUCAUGCAGCGUUUCGGUAUGGCCGCCAACAGCCCGUCAUCUGAGUACAACGAUGACGAACCUCGCGAGACAUCUCCUCCGCCGGUUCCCCCCUUACCUCCCACAUUCCAGCUCAACGGUGAUGACGAGAAAGAAAUUCCGCACGAGGAGGGCCAAAUCGAUGUGCAAGCAUCUCCAUCGCCACCUCAGCCUCCUUCGAAUAGGACGAGCGUAGACGGUAUGGAUCCAGCAUUCGCAAAUAUUCUCAAGCGAUCUUCGUCUAUUAGCUCUCUUCCACAAAGCAUUAGCCCCCUACGGCAAUCUGUCUUAGCGAAAGCUGCACGUGGAGGUACAAUUCCACGUCGCUCGCGUGGCGGCGCAGCAUUCCAAGAGGCGCGUCCGCCAUCGUUAAUCGGUCGUCCCGAGGCUUUAGCUGCGGAACUUGGCAUUGGACUGGAUGCAGCAGAUGAAAGCAUGGAGGAGCAACCGACGAUGCGGGCCAUCGAAACUGCUGAAUUCGCUUGUCAGACAGACUUCGUGGAGGUUAUGCCGCCGCCGCCGCCACCACCACCAAUUCCAGUCGCGCCCCCUACAGUGGACAUGGGUGUCCAGGUCGAACCUGCUCCCAUUCCUGUCGUGGAAAGGGUCGGGAUGUCAAUGCAAACGGAAGAAGAGCCUGCCCCAGUCCGAGCUGAGAUCGCAAUUCAGUAUGAAGACCUGGAGCCAGCGCGGGAAUAUGCAUCGAGCUCUAUGAUGACCGAACCCCAACCUGAACCGCCCUUGCCCGAGCCGAUUCCAGUUCCUCUCUCCGUCACUGCUGAAGUACAGACUACUCCCGUGCAAGUUGCCGAGAUCAACAUCCAGACAACGCCAGAGCCCGAACCCAUUCCUGUGGAGAGGUUCGAUAUGGAUGUUCAGACCUUGCCCGAGCCAGUGACAGUCCGUGGAGAGAUGGAGACGCAGACUAUAACUCCUGACACUUUCGACGCUGAAGUUCAGGCCGUUUUCACGGAAGCACCUCGGCUGAUUGGUGCUGUAGAUAUGUCCAGCAGAGAGGAUUCGUUCGGAAACUCAAGCGGCGACACGACAAUCCACGCAGCACACGUCCGACCAUCUUCACUUGCGCUCUCUCAGGGAGGUUCUUCCCCCGAGUACAGCGACGUUGCAACCGAGACCGGUUCGAUGAUGGAGACAGAUGCCGAUGAUUACCUGGAUGCCCGCCAGAGCAUGACAAUGCCUACACCAACACCGACAGACUCCAUGAAUGACUUCCACUCAAUCAUGACGGUGUCGGACAACGACUUCUCGGAGAGCGAGGACGACAUGGAAAGCAUCAAGGCCUCCCGCUUGCAGAGCAGGCAUGACUUGACCGCAACGUCUCCUGUUUCUGUCGUGCCUUCGCCAACAGAGGUGGUCUUGACAUCAGAAGCCCCAACAUAUGAGUCAAAGGCUACUGCUACCGAGGAGAUUGAGCUACCAAAGGCAGCUGAGCCGGUUGUGCAGACUGUCGUACCUGAUACCGUUCCUGAACUCAACUCUGAGCCGAAGCCGGAGCUCAAGGAGAUCUCGAUACAGACGGAUGAAUGGAUUCCCGCUGCUGCUAUUUCGAUUCCUCCUGAGCCACUCCUCCAAACUGUCAUUGCACCCGUCCCCUCUCCGAUCACUGUCCCUGUUACUGCUCCGCCUACACCUGCGCCUGGUUCCGUCCCCACACUUUACCGCGUCGGUGUCAAUUCUCAACAAUUCCAAUUCAUUUCUCCACCUUCAUCCGCUGGCCCAACCACAACGUCUCUGCCAGUCGUCUCUCCCUCCCCCAAUACCACCAUCCGAGAUUCCAAUGCCACCUUCAUUGCCCGUCCACGUACCUCUCAUUCAGAUCGCCGACAAUCCAUCGAAUCCACCUUGUCGUCGGUUAUGGAUGAUCUUGUCUCCCGCUCACGCACGCCUUCAACAGUCCCUAAUGUUAUCGACAAGUCUCGUCCACCUAUGAUGGUGUUACCACCGCCUCCCCGAGCCCCUCCCCCGCCCAACAGCAUGCCUCCGCCGCCGUUCAUACCCGAGAAGAGGAUUUCGCAUGAUUUACCACCUCCUCGUCCUUCAUCCCCUCCUCCUCCGGACCUCAUUCAGCGCGCCACAACUCCCACUUUCGGAAGUGUCCUGUCUGUGCCUGGUGCAAGAAACCUCGGAUUGCGCCAGCAUGGGUCAAGUCUACCCCCGACUCAGCAAAGCCUCCGCGAACUUCCGUCUACAAGCAGCUUCCGAUCGGCCGUGAAUGCAGUUGGGAGACCACCUAUGUCAAGCCCGACACCCUCUGCCAUGUCAUUCAGCAUCCGCGAGAGGGAGCGGCGCGAACGGUCUACAACGUCUCUCAAUUCCGGUGGCCACAGCAUGGGCUCCCAACGAUCCUCUAUAUCUUCCGAUCAUCACGCAUUCCACCAACACGCUCAGAGACUCGGCGAGGCAGCUGUCAUUCAUGAACAAUCUGCUGAGACAUCUUCACGUGGUGCUGCCGUGAGCUCAACAGACCCAGCUGUCAUUCAUGCGAUCACACAGACAAUGAUUGGCGAAUUCCUAUACAAGUACACACGCCGCGCUCUUGGCAAAGGUCAUGGUUCCACGAGACAUAAGCGUUUUGUGUGGAUUCAUCCAUACACCAGGACGCUGUACUGGAGUUCAGCCGAUCCCGGCUCAUCCAAUGUCGCUGAGUCUAGUGCAAAGAGCGCAUAUAUCGAAGAUGUGCGCUCCGUGCUGGAUCCAAACCCAAUGCCGCCGGGUAUUUAUCAAUACAGUGUUGUCGUAUCCACUCCCCAACGAGAGAUGAAGUUCACCGCUGCGACGAAGGAGAGGCAUGACAUUUGGCUCAAUGCACUGAAAUUCCUGUUGUCACGGCCAAGCUCUGUGUCAAUGGGCUCUCCUGCUACUCAGAACCAAGCGCCGUUGAGUCCAAUGUCCAUGGACCGAGAUUUGCCCGAGGAGGAAGGUAGCCCGCGUCACAAUGCUAUCUCGAGUCCUCAAAGUCAACGGAGCACACGGACGGGGAGAACGGCCCUCAGUGUAGAGUCGUGGAAUGUGACGCCCAGGGGUCAGCGAAGUCGCUCUCAAAUCUCGUUAGGAGGCUCGGUUGGCAAACGCUCCGGCACACCAGCUGCAGAGUACCUACGUUGGGCAGACCAUGACAAUAUGCACAGCCCAUCGAAGGAGUACGAGCAAAUCCCGGCGCAGGACGAAGAGGAUCUUGACUUCGAAUUGCACGAUGAGACCAUGUCUGACGGAGGAUUCGAAGGUCUUGAGAAUGUCCGUGCUUGCUGCGAUGGACGACAUACCGUAGGUCGCUCGGGCAAGACCGACCAUCACCACCAUCACCAUCAUCACAGCCACGACCAACUACAGCGAGAGCCGUCACGCACUCGGGAUCAACUUCUGCAUGUUGCGCAGCCCGAAGUUGCUAGGCCGGCUUCUCCUGCUUGGUCUUUCCGCUCGCGUGCAGGGAGUUCUACCUCUCAUGACGGUGCAGGUUUCUUCUCGAGGUUUGGUACGAGACGUUCGACUAAGACUGCUUUAUCAAUUGGGACACACGAUUAG